AUGACUGUGAAGGUGGACAUUAAGAAAGCCUACGAUUCUGUCUCAUGGGACUUCUUGUUAAAAAUCCUCAAAGGUUAUGGUUUCAGUGCUGUGUGGAUCUCUUGGAUAUCUUCCAUUCUUAACACUACCAGGUAUUCUAUUUUGAUCAAUGGUCUCCCCAAGGGUUUAUUCAACCAGAAUAAAGAGCUUUGUGUCACCUAUGCAGCUACUAAAAUUCAACCUGUCCUAAGUCAUGUGUUUUUUACUGAUGAUUUACUCAUCACCUGCAAAGCUUCUAUUUUUAAUGCUAGAAAAUUGGCAGCUAUUUUCAAAAGUUUUGAGACUUUAACUGGUCGUCAAGUUAGUGAACAAAAAAGUAGCAUUCUUUUUUCAAGGGUAGUGGGGAGGAGGUUAACUCUGCUUAGGAUUCUGAAAUGUUCUGAGGAACAAUUUCCAAUCAAGUACCUGGGGCUCCACUUGUGUCUUUAUGGUUUGAAGAAAGUUAAUUGUCAGGGUCUGAUUGACAGAAUUUUUAGUCGAAUUACUUACUGGUGUACUAAGCUUCUAUCAGUUGCUGGAAGAGUGGAGCUCAUUCGAUCCACUCCAAUUUUUCUUUAUUGGUGCAGCAUUUAUAAUGUUCCAACAUAUGUGUUAAAUCAACUUUAUAAGAUGUGUAGAGACUUUUUAUCGGGCAGCACUGAUAAUUCAAAGAAAAUACAUCUUUUGAGUUGGGAUUUAAUUACUAGAGCUAAGAAUGAGGGUGGUCUUGGGCUCAGGAAAUUAGUGGAUAUUCAAUCUGCCUCAAAGGUUGUUUUAGCUUGGAUUUUCUCACAAACAAAGACAGGUUAUGGGUUUCUUGGUUUAGGAAUAAAUACACUCCUCAAUCUUCCUAUUGGAAUGCUAUUCCAAAGAUUUCUCAGUCGGUGA